AUGGCAUCACCACUAAAACCCUACGUGGAGGUGGUGGUGUUUACCUUACUUGCCGAGGCUGCCAUAUACAUCGUCAACUUCAUCUACGACGUCCUUACACUAUCCAACAAGAUGGACGGGCUCACCACAUUCAAACGGAUCACCAUGCCUUUGGUGAGGGUGGCGUUGGUGAUGGCCUUAGUCGUGACCGGACCUCACACCCUCACGACGCUAACUUUGAUCAUUACCACACAAACAGUGAUCACCAUUUGUUGCUACAUUCGUCUCCGUUGGUGGUACGACUCAGUGUACGCUGACUUCAUCAAAUGGUACCAGCUCUGGCAAGACCACUGCUCGUACAAGCGGAACCUGGUGACGACGAUACUGACACUGGUUGACGCGCAGCCAAUAUUUGCCGAAACAUGGGUCGGUCCCAUCGAUAUUGAGUCAUCCAUCGAGGCGUCGCCGUCGUACAAUAUUGACCAUAUUUACUCGGUGUCGCCACGAAACACUUACCACAUUGAUACGGUAGCUGUUGAUGCCUUAGACCAGUACCUUGAAAACGAUUACGGAGCCACGGCGUCAGAUGAAGCUAGCGAUGCUCAUAGUGAAGAUAGCUCACUGACGUUGGUUGAUGUCCAAUCAACCAAACCGCUGUUUGUAUCUCAGUACUUUGACCAGGUACCGCUUCGACAACAGGCUUGUCGCUUACUGGACUGCUUUUGUUGGAUGCUUCCCUCACGCAUCCAUUGCUCCAAAGAGCUGUAUCCAUUACUCAAACGGAAAUUGUCUACCUAUAGUUUGACCCAGGGCGUUGGUGACCGCAAGCCCUGCUGUCAGACCUCAUGUACGCAAUUCCGAUACUUUUUGCACUACUACUACGACGUCACCAUGGACGACAACGAGCAGGUUCUCCUUGUCGACCCGAUGUUCAAGAAGUUCGGGGUCCCCUCGCCCCAAAUCGCCAUGCCGUGGAUCAUCCUUGAUGCCUGGUGCAAGAUUAUGCUCGGCAUCGAGCUCGUGGUGGCUGCCUUCACCGUGUCGUCGCUUCCGGGAGCUAUCGCCAUCUUUGUAAGUAUGGCGAUUUUCCUGUUGUGGCGACAGAAUUGGGUUUACUGUCAGAACUACUCCUACAAGCGUAUCCUUCCCAUUGAAUCAUUGAUUCACUUAUUAGCAUUAGCUCCCAUGGCUUUUCUUUUGCAUUGA